AGUUCCCCAUAUUCGCGUUUAGAAUGUUCUUGAGCUUCACGGCUUCCGUACAAUGUGACAACAGAAGGUCAGAUAUGGCGGUCUGUUCUAGAGGACUUGAUAAAUUUGCUACGUCGCUGCGGUUUUGUCGAAAACUGCAGCUCCAGAAUGAACGGUUGCUUUCUACAUCUGUGUGUCGCCCUGCGGCGGACAGCGAACCUCCUAAAUUUGUCCCUCCUUCUAAACCAGUCAUAGUAGAUAAGACACAAACUGUGGCUUCUUUGAGAAAGUUUCUGAGCCCAGAGUUCGUCCCUCCAAGGCAGAGGACAGAUCCUUUCAAGUUUUUUUUGGAGAGGAAAGACAUGAUUCGCAGGAGGAAAAUGCUCAACAUUCCCGAAUUCUAUGUGGGCAGCAUCCUUGCUGUGAUCAUGGCUGAUCCCAAUGCUAUUGGGAAAACAAACCGCUUUGUUGGCAUCUGCAUCCAGAGGGGUGGGAAAGGGCUGGGGGCCACUUUUGUCUUAAGGAACAUUAUUAACAAUCAAGGUGUCGAGAUCUGCUACGAGCUGUACAAUCCUCGGAUCCAGAAAAUGGAGGUCCUGAAGCUGGAGAAAAGGCUGGAUGAAAACCUGAUGUACCUUAGAGAUGCUCUGCCUGAGUACAGCACAGUGGACCCGGAAAUGAAGCCCGUUCCCUUCUCCCCUACUGGAGAGGUUCCUGUUAACUUGAUCAAAGUAAGAAUGCGCCCAAAGCCAUGGUCCAAACGUUGGGAACGACCCAAGUUCAACAUCCAGGGCAUCCGCUUUGACCUGUGCAUGACCCCCAGACAGAUGGAGGGUGCGCAGAAGCAUGCACAGCCAUGGCUGGAGUACGACAUGCUGAAGGAAUAUGACACCACCAAACUAGAGCAGCAGAUCCUCAUAGAAGUGCAGCAGGAGAUGAGCAAGUGAUUGGAAUCCCUUUAAAUGUCUGAGUAACCCCUCACAGGGCAACCAUGGGAACAGAAUUUUCCAGCAACAAGGAAAAACUGGAAAAUAGAUUGAGUGAAACUGUGGGAAUAUGUGACAACUAGUUUGAACAUCACUGCGUAAUACAAAGGAAGCAACUUGGACAUGUGGAUUAAACAGGCUCCUAUCUAUUCAGUUCACUGUUUUCAGGCGUUUAACUUUGGUUUCUUACCAUUAAGCAGAAAUUAAGUUGUUACCAUUAUAAAAAUAUUAAACUGUUCAAACUUUG